CGUGCUGGCGGAAGCUACAUCUCCUUUUGGUUUGAAUCUAGCUCAAUUUAGAUCUAGAUAUAAGUGUUGAUUUCAUGCAAGGUUAACUAAACAAUUUCCGUUUUAUCUCUAGAGCAUCUCAAUCUAGAUCUGUUAAUACUGUAAUUGAGAGAACUUAUUGGAAGAAUGUCUAUUAUUGUUGUCACUUUCUCUGUUUUCAUCUGUCAUAUCUCAAGUACUGACGUUAUGCUUCAAUAUGAGGCGAGUGACGUCACUGGAGAUCAAAUGCCCGACCAGGUCAACGUAACUUUUAGCACAGAAACCAAAUCUCUAACCAAACUUAAUCUCAGACGCUCGCGACAUUUUAACCUUGACAUUCCUCUGCAUACUCUGGCCACCGACCAGGAGGGAAUUUUACAUAGACAUAAAGUGAAAACCAGGCCCAAAAAGGAUCUAGGUUUCUACCAAGAUAUUACAAACAAGGCUGUUUUUCGUAUCCAAAGGUCUUCAGAGAAAUCGGCGAACAAGGAAUCUAAAUUUAAUAUGAAAGGAGAAUUUCUUCUCAACGCCUCCAAAUGUCUCUUCGACUCAGAGAGAAAGACCUUAAAAAAGCCAUGGAGAACUAUGUCCCUCAAAGCGAUGCCUCAUUCAACUACUAGACCUUCUUCCACGACAACAUUCGACCAAUAUGUUUAUAAUUUGGAAAUACUGAAAACCACAACGUUUGAUUUGUUUGACGCUAGAAUACCUCUCAUGAAUGUCACAGUGCUAGAAGAAAGAACUGUGAGAAUGAAUGCCAUCAACAUUAGAGACAUGCACAUGAAAAGCACAGAUCGUAAAUCUAACCGUUCAAAACUGAGGUCAGCUCCACAAAGCAGACGUCGCCGGAACUCAGUGCAGGGCUAUUACCCACAAAGCAGACGUCGCCGGAAGGCAGUGCAGGACUACUAUGUAGACGUGGCGGCGGUGAUUGACUACAAACGCUACUCCAAGUUCUUAGCACAAGCUAACUACAAUAACUUCACGGCAAUGCAGGAUAUUCUAGAGUACUAUGCUUUUGUGUUAAGUGCGGUCGACAUGCUGUAUCAAGGCAUCAAACAUUCAAAGUACACGAUUCAUAUUCUUCUGAGUAAAGUAUACGUUCUUCAGACGGUCGCUUCGUCAAGUUUUAUUGACAAGAACGCCAGAGGCGAUGAGUUGAAUGGGAACACAGCAUCAAUAAGUUUACAAGACUUUAUCUCAGGUGCUGGGCAAGGCGUCGUCGGCAUCUAUGAUCACGUGAUCCUGUUCACUGGUUAUAACCUAUCUAGAGUGGACAGUAACAAGAAUAAAAAAGAUAUCUUAGGGUUUACUAAUACGGGACAAAUGUGUCGAACAGACGGAAGGAGCUCUUCUGUAAUAGAAGAUCGCCAAGGCUACUCUACCUCUACUAUAGAUGCGGUAGCACAUGAACUGGCACAUAGCCUGUCAGCCAAGCACGAUGGAGAAAAAAAUGCCUGCAAAACUUCAGAUAGAUACAUCAUGGGUUCUACUCAUGCGGUAAAAAAGCCUGGGACGGAGUUUAAUCCAUGGCGGUUCUCAUCUUGCAGCGUCACUUACUUUACCCGCUUUUUGAGGAAAGCGUUGAAAACCAGUCGAGGUCACAUCUGUCUAGUCUACGCUAUCGAAGCAUCAGCAGACAUUCCUGAUGUAUCUGAUAAACUAUUGGGUCAGUUGGUCAAACCUGAUCAACAGUGUCAACAGUGGUAUGGAAAUAAUUCUUACUAUUGCAGGGGUUUCGAAGAAAACAUCACUGCUAUCUGCCACACAAUGUUCUGUGCAGAUAUGUUAAAAGGGUUUUGUGUGCCGCAGGCAGCACUCACCGGAACCUCUUGUGGCAAUGGAAAGAUAUGUAUAAAUGGACAAUGUGUCAGCGACCCAUACGCCCCUCAACUUGAUGAAAACUGUGUAUUUGGAGACACACCGGAUGAAACCUGCUAUUCGCAUGUCAAUGAAUUUAUUGGCUACUGUUACAUACCAUAUAACUAUCGACAAUGUUGUGACUCAUGCAACAAUGUGUCUAGACCUGUUAGAGGCUGUGAGUACGGAGACAGAAUCAUGUCUUGUACACAAGAUCACUGCUUGAAUUCCAAAGAGGAUUGCUGUGGCACGUGUAACUAUGGCACCCCCUUUACCCCAACGUACAGCACCAGAAGAAGCACACCUAAAAGAGUAGCCACGACAGCCAAUCCACGUAUGAUAUUCACUUCAAUUAAAGAAUGUGAACCAGGAGAUCAGAAUUUGAGACCUGAACUGUGUACUAACAUUAGCGUCUGCCUGAUUCAGCCAACACAGUGCUGUAACUAUUGCUCGUCACUGUACUCGUCUGCAACUACAAAUACCACGUCAGCAAGACCAUUGAUACCACCCACUUCACCCAAAAAAUGUGAACCAGGAGAUUUAGACUUGAGACCAGAACUGUGCACUAACACUAGUGUCUGCCUGACAAAUCGUUCACAGUGCUGUGACUAUUGCUCAUUACAUUACAAUUCUUCAACCACAAGUACCACACAAGUAACGUCACCCAAUGAGUGUGUACUAGGAGAACCAGAUUUAAGUCCACAGCUGUGUACUAGCCCAAGUAUCUGCCAGACACAGCCACUGAUGUGCUGUAAUUAUUGCUCGCUACCUGACAAUUCUGCAAGCACUGUCUCGUUAUACGAUAUUUGGAUAUUUCGUUGUUUUUGCAUUGCAUUUUAUUUUGUAUCAAAACAAAUGUCUAUUAGAUAAAGUAGGAGUCCACUGAUAUCUCCUUUAUACAAUGUUUAUCAAAUGCUUUACAUGUCUCGGGUGUUUCUCCAGCGCUAAAGGUAAUCUACUUCCUCGUCCAAACUUCCUGCAGGAGACGGGGGGGGGGGGGGCAGUGGGCAGGCAUGAACCCGGGACCAUCUAAACAGCGGAACGACAGUCCAGCGCGAAUACUGCACUACCAGGCAGCCAUCAGUUCAUACAAAAAGAUAUUUUUUUAAUUUUCUGUCUCUUUCUUAGCUUUAAACCAUUUUAAGCCUUGUAUACACAUCGAUAUCAAUAAUCAAUCAUAAUGAAGCAAUUAUUGGUGUACUGUGCAUGAAAUAAAUGUGUGUUCAUUGGUUCAAAACAUGUCAGCUGAUAAUGUAUUUUGACCAAUCAGCACGAAGAAGAA